GACAGCGACGGCAUCGCAGCUGACCGCGCCGCCGCUCCGCACCUCGCACAGUACUGCGCCGCGCCGCGCUACGCCACCACACUCCACACUGCGCGACUACCCGCGCCGACUUCCGAGCAGCCUGCACGCCUGUGGCGACCGGACAUGAAGGGCUGGUUCGACGCCUUCAGGAGCGAUGGCGGGCCCACCCUGUACAGCCAGAGCAACCGGACAUCCGUCACGGGUGACGUCACCACGGUCACGGUCUGCCUCGUCUUCUUCACCGUCUUCCUCGCUUUCCUCAUCAUCUUUCCCGGCGUGCGCAAAGAGAGAUUCACCACUUUCACCAGCGUGACGCUCAGUCUGUUCGUCGGGACUGUCAUCCUAGUGGCUAAGUACGGCUCCUGCUGGCACGUGGCUUCCGCCAACAUCGUCAGCAGCUACCGCGCCUUCUCCAAGGAGAAGAUGGCGGUCACGAUCGGCGCCUACAUAGGCCUCGAGCACGUCAACGUCACCCUCACCGCGACCGGCGGGGGCAACGGGACGCAAGACAUCGACUUCAACGAGCGCUUCCGGUGGGGGGGCCCCGGCGAGAUGGGCGACAGCUACCGCGAGGCGCUGGUGCGCGGCCUGCCCUUCCCCAUCCUGACGGUGGCCGAGUACCUCAGCCUGGGCCAGGAGGGCUUCGCCUGGGGCGGCCGCUACCGCGCCGCCGGCUACUACGGGUCCGUCUUCCUCUGGGCGGCGCUGGCGUCGUGGGUGAUGAUGAACCUGCUGCUGGUGGUGGUCCCGCGGUACGGCGCCUACGCCAUGACGGUGACGGGCGUCCUGAUGGCCGCGUCGGCGCUCACCUACUGGCUGCUGCUGCCCGCCGCCCCCCUCUGCGUGCAGUUCGAGGCGGGCGCGCUGCACUUCGAGUUUGGGUGGUGCUUCUGGGUGGUCAUCAUCGCCGGUGCACUCUGUGCUUUGUCUGGGAUCGCCAUUGCCACAGUCGACAUGGUGUUCCCACAUCGCUUCUCCACUAUCCUCGAAGUGGAUUACGACACGCCGUACGACCGUCACAUCAUUAUCGAGGAAAGUCACGACCGUAAAAACGCCGCGGCCGGGCACCGCCUCGAAGCGCCGCCAGGAGCGGGUCUUGGAACGAGGAUUCUCAGGCGGCUGUCGAAGCGCGAGCGCCUGGAGGAGCGCCGGGGCGUGGACAACGAGGGCUUCGAGAUGGACCCGCCCAAGUCGCCGUGGCGCUACCCUUUCCCGAGGCCCGGCCCCCCACGCGCGGACCUGCCACCGCCCUUCCGCAGGACUAUCUCGCAGGACUCUGCCGCCAGCUCGAGCGGCGCCUCCAGCCUGGGGCUGUCCUUCCUGCAGCGCGAGUGCGCCGCCGCCGCCGCCGCCGCCGCUGCCGCCCCCGCAACCACAGCCCCCGCUGCUGCCGCCCCCGCCGCCUCUGCGACGAGUGCCGCCGUCCAGACGGACCCCUUGCCUGUCGUCAGAUAACGCACUCGCCACCGCCCAGCCGACUCUCCGCGAACUGUUCACUCUCUGAGGGGUCACCACGUCUCAUCGGAACCUAGAAGCGCGGGGACAGUUCCCCGAAAGUAGGUAGAUCUCACUAGGAUAUACCAAAAAAACUCGUAGAUGUAGUGCUCGCCGCGUCGCGAGGUACGCGUCGAGUCGCGAUCGACUUGUCCCACCUCACCGACAGGUCCGCAGGAAGUGUGGAAACUUCCCUGUUCGCACCUGUCUGAGGGCAGGUCGUCAGAUGAAACUGGAAGAAAUCCAAAGAACCAGUAAACAGUUUAGAGGAAAUGACAAUGCUCGAUGCUCUUCAUCUCGAUGAAGUGUCAAUAUCGACAAGUCUACUUUUAUAUCCGACAAAUACUGGGUGCAUUGAGCUGUCUAGUGGCCCCUUUCAGCAUUGCCAGUGCUAACAGAACACUUGCCAGGCAGUUCCUUUAUGCUGCAGACUGCUUUAUGCUUUGUUCUGCUAAAGUAAACCUACAGUACGUUAGAGUUAUCAUAAAUUAUGAACUGAGGAUAUUUGCAUGACCUGUAUUAUCUCCUACACAUUAUCGUAAAGUAUUUGUAAUCUUUAACAUUUUAGUCAUGUUUUGAAUGAUAUAGUGUAGCUGUACUAGGUGAUAAGGUAUCAUCUAAAAACUCCAACUGCUGAAUCUCUUGUUUAAAAGAACUAUUCAGUGCAAGGACAAACAAUAGUUUGUAGGGGAGACUAGAAUUGGGAUGUGAAGUAUUUUUAAUAUUUUGGAAGACAAAUGGAGACUUGUAAGUAGCCAUAAUAAAUUUUUGUUUCUGACCCUGUUAAAAACCAGCAUAAUACCAACUUCUAAUCAUUUUCUUAAAAGAAAAACAUACUGUACUAUAUUUUUUUCUGGUUCCUGAGAACUGGGUGGGGAGGCCGGUUAGCCCCCCUCCUCCUCUUACUGCUGGUCAUUGCUGCCCUUCAUACAGUGAUAUACUAUACAGGAUCUCUCCAAUCUGAAUUUUAAUGGCUUGUAGGUGUACUCCAGUCAUAUGAAUUCCCCCCCCCCCCCCUCCCCCACAAUCUUGUUGAUCUAAAUCACAGUUGUUCUUCCUGAUUCCUUGAGAUUUUUUACUUUCAUUCUACUCCAUUUCCCCCAUUUCAUUCAUCAAAUCAGACUUUGUGUCUCAUAAUAAUCACAUGCAGAUUUUACAGCUAUUUCCUAAUCUUCAUAUUUUUCUUACUCUUUCACAUAACAUGUCUGUGCUCUGUAUUAAUGUACAUUGUGGUGCUUAUCAGUCCCCAUGGGAUUACUCACCCACAUAAGUACUCAGCAAAGUACUGAAUACUCCAUAUGGAGCCGUUACAAUUUGUGCACUAAAUAUGAGAAAUAUUUAUUUCAUUCAACAGCAUUGGAGCAAACACUUAAAUUCUUAUAUGUAUAUUCAGUUGUCAUUUUCUUUGGGGAGCAAUGUAUUUGCAGCUACUGAGGCCUGAAAACCCCAUCUUAAAUAGCAGAUUCUGAUAUGGUUUUAAUUCGUGACUGAACUGGAAACUUAAUUACCACCGGUGCAAUAAAAAGAGGACCCUUCAUAAGUAACCAUAAAGCUGAUCAGUCAUAAAUUUCUUCCAUAAAGUACUCAAAAUAUUAAUUUUGAAGCUGAUCUAAGGUGUUUAUUGCAUUUCUUUGCACUCCUUUCAGAUGUGUAUAAGCUGCAUUCAUUCUGACAAGCUAAUGACAUCACAGUUAGUGAAAAAAUGGAAACUGUUUAUCAAACAUUUGUAGCACACUGACAAACUGGCCACUAGGCAGGUCAAACGGAUGUUUGCCAGUUUAUAAUUUUACUUCUUAAUCAGUAAUAUUUUCCAAAGUUAUUAUGAUAACAUGGAGUUCUAGUACACAUGAGGUUAAUUGCAAGCUGUAAAUACACAUUCAUGACAUUUUUUUAACACCUUGGCAUGGUGAGGUGGCAGUGUAUCAUUUGGAUGGAUGUGUUCCUACAUUUAUGUACUCCAUAUAUUUCUAUAGUCCAUCUGCUGCUUGUCUGUUUUAUCAUUAUUUGAAGAAUGUAAUCUUUCAAUGUUACAAAAUUUUUUUUAUUAUCAUCUAUGAGGAAUAGAGAUUUAUGUAUUACUUUGCAUUUUAGUUGCCCUAUAAAAUCAUGUAACAUUUAUUUUUGUUUCUUAAAAGUUUAUCACAUAUGAAAGUCUAACUGAAGGUCACUUCCAGGCCUUAAUUAUUAGUUCUUUAUAUUUUUUAUGCUUUCAGUCUUCUUCAUAAACAAAAAUUAUUUUGUAAAAAGCAAGUUACAUACUUUUUUUAAUAAUCCAUGGCACUUGAAUGUCUGUGGUUUCCUAUGGCUGUAUGCUUAAUUUAUUAUUUUAUUUAGCUGUAUACUAUAGUGAGAAAAUAAGUAAAGUCAAGUGUGAUAUUGUAUGGCACGUAGAGUACCUGUAACGCUUGUUACAUAAUUUUUUCAACUCUUUCAUUUUCUGCAUCUAAAUUAUGUUUCUACAUUGACAUACACAUCCUUUCCAUAUUUAUAGCCUUGUGUUGCAAGAAGUGACAGAAUAAUACUGCUUGUUAGAACACUCAAUCAUGGAGAAUUUAGCAAAUGAAAUAAUGCAACUGCUUGUAAAAUAAAUUUAGUAAAUAAUUUGAAGGAAAAUCAUAAAAUCAGAAAUGUAAUGGCAUACCCUGUAGGCCUAUCAUAUAGCUUCCAUAUUCAUAUUUAAUUAUAUGGAUGAUAACAAUUAGCCCAUUUAGCUACAAGAGGGAGACUGGGUAGUAUCUGUAUCUCAAGUGGAAAAAGAUUUUGUUACUACAUUACAAUAGACAUAUGGUGAUCUAUGAGGGAUCUUGGUUAAAUUUGAGAGACAUAUAGUUGAAAACAAUUGCCCUAGUAUACAUGUCUUCUAUUGAAAAUACAAAAUUUGGGAGUUCAGCAAAAAUUGUCAUUUGUGAUGGAUAUACGCUGAUAUAACAUGGUGUCACUAAAAAUGUAACAAUAUAUGCAAUUCCUCUGAAAUUGGUUCUACAACCAAUCGUAAUAGAAAUGUUCAUUAUGUUUUGUGGUGACCUCAUUCAAGUUUAUGACUGUUUCCCAUGACCAGAUAUAUAAACUCUUUUUAUUUAAAAAAUCAUAGCUUUCCUUAGCAGCUAUUGUGAUGAUUGCAAUUACAUUUGAUAGUUGAGAACAUAUUUAUUAUACCUUGAAAAAGCUGUAACAUUCAAAUAAAUGAUUUAUUUGUGAUAGCCAACAAUUAUUUAACAGAUUAGAUGUUAAAAUUACAAAAUACCAAAUAGGUACUUCAUUUUAGAUGAUAUAAAUAUUAUUAAUAUUGAGAAUAAAUGAUUCAGUGCAAUAUAAUGAUACUAUUGUAGAUACUGUGAAUGCUGAUACAACAUACCAUAAUAUCUUCAUGGUAUGUCUGUAUAGAGCAUGAGAAAACUUUACUAUUUGUCUUUAUAAGCAAGUGAAAUGAGGUGUAUUGGUCUGGUAUGUGAGACUGACGACUUCAUGAUCUGAAGGACUGGGCUAAUGCUCUGCUCAUGUGAUGGAAAUUUUAUCAAAUGAAAAUCAAUAAUUAGCUUUGUGAUAUUAUCAUGUAAUCUUUCUACUUAACAAAUGGUUUUCUUUUAUUAGCUGACAUUUUAUGUUAAUCUCUCUUUCAUGUAGUUCUGUUGUUACAUGACAUCACUGAUCACUGUAAACUUAUAAAUAUGUGAAUAUUUUAUUAGUUUUCUGUUUGUAAAUUUUGUUUAUAUGUAAAAAUGACUACAAUGUAAUCUGGUGUUCCUAUUUGUAUAAAAUGAAUAUGAAAGUGUGAUUUUGAUGCUAAUUGGCAUCAGUUUAGUGUAAUAUUUGAUAAUCUAUAAAUUGUACACAAUAGAAUAAAUAUUGUUCAUGUGGAGUGUUUGAA